AUGUCGAAGUCAGAGGAAUUUCAUUGGAGAGGUGGAGAUGUUCUGAAAGAAAAGGAAUACAUCGAUGCUGAAUAUAAGAAAUCGAUUACAGAAUAUAGGAAAAAUCUUAUGAUUAAGAAUAGUUUAGAAAAAGAAUUAGAAGCCGCUACUGCAGACUUAGAAGAAAAACAAGGAUACAGUAAUGCUUUACAAUCAUUUAUGAAUGGAACAGAACAAGGAGGAAAAGAAUACGAAUUAAAACAAAAACUUGAUCAAAUCCACAGUGAAAUUCAACAAAAAAGCGCAGAAUUAGCUACCAUGUCAGAAUGUCAAAACCCUGCUGCUGUUGCUGCUCUUUCUAAAGAAAACGCGACGUUACUUAUCGAAGGCCAGAGAAAUGCAAAGCUUAUUGCAAAUUCAGAUGCUCAAACAGAUACCAUUAUACGCCAGCUUGCUGCUUGCACCAUAUCUGACCCAUAUCAAUACGCUUGCCAAUUAGAUAUUUCAAUGAUACGCGAAAGCCGCCAUAAGACUGUUCUUCGUCAGCUCGUUAGUAGUCUGAAAGGAUCAUUUGAUAUGUCACAAAAGAUAAUGCCUUCUAAAACAGAUUAUUCCCAAAAAUUACGUGAUCAUUUUACUGAUUCUAUUACUCUCAAGGCUGCCAUGAAAGAUGCUCACUUUAACUACAGAUACGAUGUCGAAGAUCACAAUAUGCACAUCAAAGCUUUGAUUUCUCAUAUUGAUGAAUUAAAUUCUCGUCUUGAAGACCUUAAACUUCAAGAUUACGUCAUCAGCAUUGACGAACUGAAUCAACAGUUCCAGCCAAAGAAGCCAACCGAGGCAACAAGUGAAGAAGUCGAAGAAAGACGCAAUAACAAGAAAGAAAGACACGAAAAUCUUCUUCAAGAAGACAAAAAGCGUCAAGCCGAUGCCGAAAAUGCAGCGAAAAGAGAGAAAAGAGAAGCAGAUAGAAAACGUCGCGAAGAACUUAAGCAGGCAGAAGAGAAACGUGAAGAAGAACGUCGCAAAGAUCUUGAGAAAUACCAAGCCAGAAAACGUGCAGAAGAAGAACAUCAAAGGAAACUUAAACUCAGUGGUCCAUUUGGUCAGAAGAAGAAACCAUCAACAACAGAAAACAAGAGUACUAAAAUCACGCCAUCAACAACUAUCAAAGAGAAAGUUGAAGAGUUUGUUGACGACGAAAACGAAAACAAUGAAGAAGACAAACCAAAAGAAGAAAAAACAGAAAACGUCGAUGAUGGAGAUGAUGCACAAGUUGAAAUUGGCUCUGAAUCAGAUGAAUGA